UGCAUUGUUUCCAGGCUCGAUCAUGUCAAUGAGCUGAGAGGACAUCGGCACCAACUUCUCUCCAAUAAGGUGACCCCCAUGGAUCCGUCAGCCAGCAGCUGUAUGAGAAGCGCCCCACUAUGGGGCCGUAUGAGGAACCCCCAGGGGGAUGUCAGCUCUUCUCUGCACCCCUAUCAACAAGUCCCCCCCUUCUUCCCUCAGAAGCCCGACUACAACUCCUAUCCGGACUUCUCUGCUUCGUGCUUGGCAACAGCCCCGCAUAGCUUUCCCCGGGAGGAGCGCCUAUACCCCGAGCACCCCUUCCAUCACUCGGACUGGCACUUGUCUGCCACAGAGGCCAGGAGGAGACUCAACCCCGAGCUCAGCUCCGGGGACAUGGACAGCAGCAGCCCCAACCUGCUGGACGGCUCGGGUUGCCCCAGUGAAGAGUAUGGGGGGACGGGGGGCCCGGGCAAAAAGGCUUCCAAGAGGAAAAAGGAGAGCACAGAAAAUGGAGAUGCCACAAACAAGCCAGAAACAAACAACAAAGCCAGAAAAGAAAGAACAGCUUUUACCAAAGAGCAGCUUCGAGAGCUGGAGGCUGAAUUUGCUCAUCAUAAUUACUUAACCCGGCUAAGGCGAUAUGAGAUAGCUGUAAACCUUGACCUCACCGAAAGACAGGUUAAAGUUUGGUUUCAGAACCGAAGAAUGAAAUGGAAGCGUGUUAAAGGUGGACAACCAGUAUCGCCAAAUGAGCAAGAUGCAGAUGAUUUGGACUCUACAGCAUCUCCCAGCUCUGAAUAACUUAAUUUUUACUGCAGUUGUCGAACUUUCUUGUUUAAUUUCUCUAUAAAGACAAU